AUGUCUGAAAGCGCAGAAGGAAUAGUUCCCAUUCCCGAGCCCCAAGGGCUUCCCUUCUUAGGGAACAUUGGCUCAAUUGAUCCCAUCUUUCCUCUUGGGUCGAUGCUCUCUCUGGCGCAACAAUUCGGAGAGAUUUAUCGACUGCGUCUACCCGGCAGGACUCUUGUCGCCGUAUCCACCAACAAGCUCAUCAACGAGACCUGCGACGAGUCGCGGUUCCAAAAGACCAUUAGCGCUGCUUUAAAUCAAGUCCGAAACGGAGUCCACGAUGGCCUCUUCACCGCCCACGCCGGCAACGUCGACUGGGGCAUCGCCCACCGCAUCCUCAUGCCCGCCUUCGGGCCCCUCGCCAUCCGCAACAUGUUUCCCGAGAUGCACGACAUCGCCACCCAGCUCGCUAUGAAAUGGGCCCGCUACGGCCCCAACAACUCCAUCGCCGUCACCGAUGACUUCACCCGCCUCACCCUCGACACCAUCGCGUUGUGCUCCAUGGAUUUCCGCUUCAACAGCUACUACUCUCCCACGUUGCACCCUUUUAUCGAGGCUAUGGGUAACUUUUUGACCGAGUGUGGCGCGAGGGCCCAGAGGCUGCCUCUCCCUUCGCUUCUAUACCACGCACAGGAUCAAAAGUUCAACGCGGACAUCGAGGUCCUUCGGAAGACGGCCCAGGAUGUCCUCGAUGCACGCAAGGCCGAGAAGACUGAUCGAAAGGAUCUGUUGACGGCUAUGCUUAAUGGCGUUGAUCCCAAGACGGGCCAGCGCAUGAGCGACGACCUCAUCAUGGAUAACCUCAUCACUUUCCUCAUCGCCGGCCACGAGACCACCUCGGGCUUGCUCUCCUUUUCCUUCUACCAGCUCCUCAAGAACCCCGAGACCUACGAAAAGGCCCAGCAGGAGGUCGACCGCGUUGUCGGCACGGGACCCAUCACCGUCGAUCACCUCUCCAAACUCUCCUACCUCAGCGCCAUCCUCCGCGAGACUCUGAGGUUGAACUCGCCCAUUCCCAUCUUCGGCGUCGAGGCGAAAGAGGAUACCCUGUUGGCCGGCAAGUACCCUGUCAAGAAGGGAGAGCCCAUCGCCAACUUGCUUGCCAAGGCGCACCUCGACCCCGUCGUCUUCGGAGACGACGCCAAUGAAUUCAAGCCCGAGCGCAUGCUCGAUGAGAAUUUCAACCGCCUCAACGAGGAGUUCCCCAAUUGCUGGAAGCCCUUUGGCAAUGGUAUGAGGGCUUGCAUCGGACGGCCGUUUGCUUGGCAAGAGGCCUUGCUGGUCAUGGCCAUGCUGCUGCAGAACUUCAACUUUGUGCUGGAUCCUCAUUAUACUUUGGGAUUGAAGCAGACGUUGACGAUUAAGCCCAAGGAUCUGCAUUUCCGGGCUAUUCUGAGGGAUGGUCUGACUCCCACAUUACUCGAGCAGAGGCUAGCUGGAAAGGGUGAGGCGACCAAGGGGGACGGACAUCAGGCGAACGGAUCUGCUGCCGAGGCCAAGAGCGGUGGUGGCGACGGUGUACCGAUCACGAUUCUUUAUGGGUCCAACAGCGGUACCUGCGAAGCCCUGGCCCAACGUGUCGCGACCGACGCGCCGUCCCACGGUUUCAGCGUCGCCAAGCUCGACUGCCUUGACAGCGCCAAAGGCAAGCUCCCGACGGGCCAACCCGUCGUCAUCGUCACUUCAUCCUACGAGGGCCAACCGCCCGAUAAUGCGGGCCAUUUCGUCGCCUGGCUCGAAGGAAUGAAGAACGACGCGGCCCUGAAGAACGUCUCCUACGCCGUGUUCGGCUGCGGCCACAGGGACUGGGCGCAGACCUUCCAUCGCAUCCCCAAGCUCGUAGACUCGAGUCUCGAAAAGUCUGGAGCUACCCGCCUGGUGAACAUUGGAUUAUCAGACGUUUCCAACGCGGCGACGUUUACGGACUUUGAAUCGUGGGAGGACGGGUGUCUCUGGCCCGCACUGGAAGAGAAGUUCAAGACUUCCUCGUCUGAUGGCGCGAUUCCUAGCUUGGGCAUGAAGGUCGAGGUCUUGAACCCGAGGACUGCUGCCCUCCGCCAGGACGUCAGCGAGGCAGUCGUUGUGGACACCAAGGUGCUGACGACCGGCAAGGAAGUCAAGAAACAUAUCGAGAUUAAGCUACCCGCCGGCAUGACCUAUGCGGCGGGCGACUACCUUGCCAUCCUUCCCAUUAAUCCCGACGAGACCGUUCGUAGGGCCAUGAGGCGGUUCAAGCUUCCGUGGGAUGCGCAUCUUUGCAUCAAGGCGGAUAUUCUCACGUCGUUGCCCGUGAACGCUUCGGUUCCUGCACAUCACAUCUUUGGUUCUUAUAUUGAGCUAGCGCAGCCGGCGACUAAGAGGAAUAUCCUUGGCCUUGCAGAGGCGGCUGGUGAUGAAAAGACCAAGAACGAACUGACUCGCCUCGCGAAUGACGGAUACGAGCAGGAUAUCACCGAAAAGCGAGUUUCCGUCCUCGACCUACUCGAGCGCUUCCCCGACAUCGAUCUUGAUAUCGGUACAUUCCUUUCUAUGAUGCCACCGAUGCGCAUCCGUCAAUACUCCAUCUCCUCUUCCCCCCUCUGGAACCCCGACCACGUAACCCUCACCUAUUCCGUCGUGAACGCCCCCUCUCUCUCCGGCCAAGGCUCCUUCUUCGGCGUAGCCUCCUCCUACCUCUCCACCCUCUCCACCGGCGACCGCCUCGCCGUCUCCGUCCGCCCCUCCCCGCCAGCCUUCUGCCUCCCCCCCAACCCGGAAGAAACCCCCAUCAUCUGCGUCUGCGCGGGAACCGGCCUCGCGCCCUUCCGCGCCUUCAUGCAGGAGCGCGCCACCAUGAUCCGCAGCGGCAGAAAACUCGCGCCCGCCGUCCUCUUCUUCGGAUGUCACGCGCCCGAUCAGGAUGACCUGUACCGAGAGGAGCUGGACGAGUGGGAGGCGUUAGGCGCCGUUGAGGUGAGGAGGGCGUAUAGUCGGGCGAGUGGGGAGAGUGGAGGGGCGAAGCAUGUGCAGGAUAGGUUGUGGGCGGAUAGGGAGGACGUGAUUCCCGUUUGGGUCAAGGGGGCGAAGGUAUUUGUUUGCGGGUCGAGAGGCGUGUCGGAUGAGGUUAGGGAGGUUUGCGUGAGGAUGAGGGAGGAGUAUGUUGCUGAGGUUGAGAAGGAGAAGGAGUUUGAGGGUGAGAAGGAUGCGAGGAAGUGGUUCGAUUCGUUACGGAAUGUCCGGUAUGUCAUGGAUGUGUUUGAUUAA